CUCCACGAGAAUAGUUGUCCUCUUCUCAAACAUAUCUCAAUUUAUUGUUUGAAUAUAAAAAGAGAUAUCAAAAAGAAGAGAAGACCAAAAACUAAACCAAAAAAAAAAAAUGGCUUCCAAAGCUAUAUUCUUCUCUUUCUUUAUCGUCUCCGCCCUCUGCUUGUCCUCUCUCGCCUGCUUCGCCGCCGCUGAUGCUGAUGAAUUCGACCGUUUCCAGAUCCAGGGAUCAGUUUACUGUGACACUUGCCGUGUCCAAUUCGUUACCCGUCUCAGCAAAUUCCUCGAAGGUGCGAAAGUGAAGUUGGAGUGCAGGAACAGAACAAACGGAACCGUAACAUUGACCAAAGAAGCCGUUACCGACAAAUCAGGAAGCUACAAGAUGGAAGUAACCGGUGACCACGAGGAAGAAGUUUGCGAGCUCGUCUUGGUCGAAUCACCAGACAGUGGUUGCAGCGACGUCAGCAAAGAGGCUUACUUACGUAACGCCGCUAAGAUCAGUUUGACUGCCAAUGACGGAAUCGUCUCCCACGAGACACGUAUCGUUAACCCUCUUGGUUUCAUGGUCAAGACUCCUUCAGCUGACUGUGCCGCUGCUUUCAAGGAGAUCGGUAUUGUCCCUGACGUCACAUUCUAAGCGAAAAGAGAGAAAGAAAGAAAAAAAAUAUAUGUGACAUGAGAGAUUUACUAUUUGCUUAAUUUUAUCAAGUUUAUCAAUAUUACAAUGAAUAUAUAAUAUCAUCAUUAAUUACUUUUUUCCGCGUUUUGGUUUUGUUUAAUUUGAUAUGUCAGUGAUAUUUUGUU